AUGAUGAUGAUGAUGCAAGAAGACUUUCAAGAACGUAAGAAUCUAAGCAUCAACGACAUUGAUCUCUCACUCCUCCGCCUCUCCUCCCCACCUUACGUCUCCCACGUUUCUCCUCCUGAUAUCAGCCCCUUGAAACGCUCCUCCCCUGUUUCCGACGGAUCUGAUCAGCCUAAACGCAGAAGACUCUCCCCCUCUCAAGACCACCCAAUCUUUAUCUCCUCUCCUCUUCACUCCACCUGUCCAGAACCGACUACUCUGUACUCGAAUCUCACUGCCAGCUACGCAAGCCCUGUUUUGGAAAAGCAAGAAACGUCGCCGUAUGCUUCCAAGAAUCUUGAUACAGAGACGAUGAAAAUGGUUAACAGUCACGUGGAAGAGGUCAAUCACCAAGAGGCUAACUAUGAUGCUUACGAGGAGAUCAAUCACCAAGAGACUAACUAUGAUGCUUAUGAGGAAGAAGAUUGUGGAGAAGGGAUGAGGAUAGAGAGAUCUGGAGAUGGAUUUGUUAUUAGGUUAAAAUGUAGAUGCAAGCUAGCUUAUAGGGUUCUUUUCUCUGAUCAUCACCUCUACUUCAAGUCUCUCUAA